AUGGCUCCCCGGCAAGACAGAGCACCUCUAGUACUUAAUCGUACAUCAAGAGGUGUUUCAUCGCCUGGGCUUUAUUUUGGUACUCUGAGUGCUAUUUCUACUUUCGGCGGUGGUAAUUUUGAAGGCGGUGUUAGAACAUAUGACAGUUACAUGAUACGGAACAACGUUGGAGAACUUUAUCAUAGUUAUGCUGAGUAUAAGAAGAAGAACAUCAUUAAUGGAAACAAACUUGCAUUUGACAAAAUGGAUUUUCGUAUAGUGAUAGUGGACCUAUUCAGUCUACAGCAUAGUAAACGAAAAACUGUCAUGAAUUUUUAUACUCCAAAUUUGUUGGAAUCUCUUCGGGAAAGAGAUAAAGUCAUUGCUUUGGAACAAGAAGCUAUGAUGUACAAGUUCAAACGUCAAGAAAUUCAGGCCCAAGCCCGAGAAUUACGGCGUAAAAUUCACAAGAAAAAUAAGGAAAUCCGUCAAAAGAAGCACGAAGUAAAGUAUUUGAGGGCUAUAGAACGAGAAUUGAUAGAAUACCUUGAAAAAUGCGAAUCCCAGUCCCGGGAAGAAGCACAACCAGUAAUACAGAUUGCUUCGCCACUGGCCUUCGGA